AUUUCCCUUGCUCAGUGUGAAACGAACCAACAACUCAAACGAAACGAACGCGAACGCGCGCGCGAGAAAAACAAAAUAGAAUAGAAUAGAACAAAUUAACCUCUACCCCCAAAAUAAAACACAAAAAACGCGAAAAGCUAAGGAAGAGGGGGCUCUAACCCAAUCCUAACAAUAAACAAUAAUCGAAUCAACGAAAUUUAAAUUAACAGCGAAUGAGUAAUACCUGAGCGAUUUAUUAAACCGAAGCUGAGCGAACCGCCAAGAAGAAUCCACAAGUAGCUGGCACACGGAAAGAUAAAUAACUGCACAGAUAAUUGCUAGUCCUCGGUACUGGGCUCUAAAAAUAACCCAACAAUAUAAGUGGCGACAAUUGCAGGGCGCUGUUGCAAAAAGUGGAGGAGGAGCUGCCGGGUGGAACCCCGAGGAUCUAUCACUCGCCGACUUAUUUUUGGUAAAUGACCAAGAAUGGCCUACGACAUUAGCAUAGAGAAACAUAACCGCAACUGUCAGAGGACAUUGACAUCGGACGCUCGGUUUAAGCAACUUUGAAGUCGUGCCGGGAAAAUCGAAUAAUAAGGCAACAAAUUGCAACUUUCGCGUUUCAGUGAAAAACCCAACAAUUUAACCACUCACACAAAAACACACAAGAUAUAUUAACUAGCCCUAAAGCACCACUAGAUAUAAGCAGAGCAAACGAAACCAAGCGAAACGAACUGUAGAAACUAGACCAUUGCAACCAGGAUCAGAUGAGGCAGCAACAACAACGGCCAGUGCAACAAUCGAGCGGAAAAUCAAUGAGCAGCAGGCGGAGGCACAAAAAGCCCAAGGCAAAAUCAGCAGUUUCGACAACAUUAAACCGCCCUGAACUUUAGAACCCGAGGCUCGAGUAUGCAACAGGCUGGCCAACUGACGCCGCAGCAGCAACAGCAACAGCAGCAACAGCUCCUGCAACAGCAGCAGAAUGGCGGUGACCUUGCCGCCUAUGCCGCCUCACAGGCAGCGGGCGGUAGGCGUGGCCCCAUAAACGGCGGCCGCUUCGACUUCGAGGACGGCGGCACCUACUGCGGCGGCUGGGACGAAGGCAAGGCCCAUGGCCACGGCGUCUGCACGGGUCCCAAGCACCAGGGCGCCUACGCCGGAGCCUGGAACUACGGCUUCGAGGUGUCCGGAUCGUACAUUUGGCCCAGCGGCUCACACUACGAGGGUCAGUGGCAGAAUGGACGCCGCCACGGGCUGGGCGUGGAGCAGAUCGGGCGGCAGAUCUACCGCGGCGAGUGGUCGAAGGACGGGCACAAGGGACGCUACGGAGUCCGCGAGAGCACCGUGUCGACGGCCAAGUACGAGGGCACCUGGAACGAGGGCUACCAGGACGGGUCCGGAUGCGAGACCUACGCGGAUGGCGGCAAAUACCAGGGUCAGUGGCAGGAGGGCAAGCGACAUGGCUACGGCAUCCGCACCUCGGCGCCCUUUGGACUGGCCUCGCACCAUCGGCGCAAGAACCUCCAUGCCUCGCUGAGUUCCCUGCGGAGUGGCGAGAACGGAAAUGCGGCCAAGAUGGUGGAGAAGGCGGAGGAGAUUCGCGGCGGCUUCGUCCUGACGGCCAAGUCCGAUAAGCUGCCGGUGCGGCGCAACAGUUUAACGGAUAAGACCGGCAAGAAGGGAUUCCUGAUGGGCCUUAAGAUGCGCAAACAGCGCAGCACGGGCGAUCUGGAGAAACGGGGCACCAUUGCGUCCGGCAGCAUACGCUCCACCAUGUCCUCGGCCUCCUGGAUCAGCACCGGAUCAGAGCAGUCCAACCUGACCACCAAGUCCCAGCACACCGAGUCCAAUGCCAGCUUCACCAUGGAGGACGAGCAGCUGGACCCCACGGUGGUGGAGACGUACAUGGGCGAGUGGAAGAAGGACAAGCGCUGUGGUCACGGUGUGGCGGAGCGCAGCGAUGGACUCAAGUACGAGGGCGAGUGGUACAACAACCGGAAGCACGGCUACGGUGUGACGACCUUUCGCGACGGAACCGUCGAGGAGGGCAAGUAUAAGAACAACAUCCUGAUCACCAGCCAGAAGAAGAAGCAUUUGUUCCUGGCGCGUUCGCGCAAGCUCCGCGAUCGAAUUGCGGCGGCCUUGAGCUCCGCCCAGCGCGCCCUCAAGAUGGCCAUGCAGCGAUCGGACAUGGCCAUUUCCCGGAUGGCCACCGCAGCGGCCAAGGCCCAGAAUGCCGACGCCUCGGCGGAACAGGCCCGAAUGGACUGUGAGAAUGCGGUGCGAAUGGCCCGGGAAUUUGCCCCCGACUUCAAGCCCUCUGUGCUGGAGCGUUUUGAGAAGCUGCGCUUCCGCGAACGGGAGCGAUUCCGUCCGGGACCAGCGGCCGCCAACGAUGCCACCAUGAAAAUGGGCAUGCAGACGCAACAGCAACAGCAGCAACAGGGUCAAUUUUCGCCCACCAGCAGCAGCGGAUCGGAUGCCUAUGCCACGCAGGCCCAGCGGCAGCAGCAAUAUCUGAACAUGCAGCAGCAACAGCAGCAGCAGCGUCGCAUGUCGCAGCAGAAACUGGACUCGGAGUGCCCCGUGCCGCCGUCGAUGUACUCGCAACAGCUGCCCGUCUCCCCGCAGACGGAUCUCUCGGGGAUGGUCAGCCAGGGUCAGCCCAGCCACGCCCAGGUGAUCAGUGCCAUCAAUCAGAUGUACCACCAGCAGCAGCACCAGCAGAACCAGCAGCAGCCACAGAGCAACCCGCAAAUGAAUCCUGCAUAUCAGUUCCAGCAACAGCAGCCGCCCGGCCAGGCCAAGAUCAAUCCGAAUCUCAACUCGAACCUCAAGCAGAACCAGGCAACGAAUCUGAACCAGAAUCAGGUGCCUUUUGGAGCGGGCACGAAUCAAGCGGGGAGUUUCCCCCAGCAGCAGCAGCAGCAACUUCUGCAGCAGCAACAACAGCAGCAGCAACUGCAACAGCAGCAACUUCUGCAGCAACAGCAGCUGCAACAGCAACAGCUACUCCAGCAGCAACAACAGCAACUCCAGCAGCAACCCUCGCUGCACGCCUCGCCCACCCACAAUGCCUCGAAUCUGCUGCGUCGCGCCUCCCAGAUGCAGCAACAGCAGAUACAGGAGACCGCCGCCGCCGCUGCCAUGGCCGCCAAUGCUGCCGCCAUGGCCGCUGCCCAGCAGCAGCAGCGCAGCGGCAGACCGCCGAUGUUGGGCCAAAUGGGCCAGCAGUCGUCCAUCGAUCACUUCGACCACUACAAGAGGCCGCCGAGUCGCGACUCCUCCAUCGAUCGCUAUGCAAGGGCUGCGAGUCGCCUGAGUGGAGCCUUUGCCGGAUCUCGGCAAACGUCCCUCGAUCGAUCUGGUCUGGCUGAUCCAGUGACUAACGGAGGCACAAGCACUCCCGAUGGACGCCCGCGGGCGGGCUCAGUAUUCCGCGGUUCCACCCCGCAACCUGGAGCCGCAGGAACCUCCUCGAUGACUGGCAAUGGAUCGCUGCCCUCGGGAACGGGCAACGGCGGGCGAUUAUCGCGGGCCGGAACUCCGAGCUUGGGAGCCGGAGGGCGAGCUCCUAGUCAGGGCAAGGCAGAGCCCUUGUUCUCCUCGCCCAACCAGCCGUUCGAGGACGUCCUGCUGCGCCAGCGGACGCUCGGCCAGGACAUCAUUCCCUCGCCCCUGCAGCCCAAGCGCACGGAGAGCCUCUAUCUGCCGGCCACGCCCGUGGGCAUGGCCAUGGGCGGAAAGGGGGGCGGAGGCGGCGGUGGGGGUGGCGGCAAGAAAAUGAAGUCGGUGCCCAUCAAUGUGACGCUGCAGCGGAAGAAGUCCAUGCCCGAUUUCCAGGAACUGCCGCGUGCCACGGAGGCCAUGAGCCGCGAGGAGGUCUCCGCCCUGGGAUCCGCCCGCCGGGAGGCAGUGCGUCGCCAGAUCGAGGUCAACGAGCGCCUCAAGGCAAAUCCCUUGCUGUAUUUGGUCAGUCCACAGGUUAAGGACUGGUUUGUGCGCCAGCAGCUGAUGCUGCUCGUCCUGAUUUUCAAUGUCGCGCUGGCGCUGCUCUUUGUCUACAUGCUCACCUAGCGCCGGAGGAGGAUGCACAGGACGACGCUGGACGGGGGCGGACUUGGGCUGGGCGAUGCGGGAUUGGGAUUGGGACAG